AUGGAUCACAUCCAUGGGGGCUUCCAGAUGCCCAUCGCGGCGCCGCCGCUGAUGAACCAGCCGCCACAGAUCUUUGGUGGCUAUCCUGAACAUGGAAUUCCCAUGACGCAACUGGCGCACGACCUGAUCCCGCCCCAAAUGUUUGUGGACAACACAUUGCUUGAAGAUUCACCCGAGGCAAAGAGGAGGAGGAUCGCGAGGGCUUGCGACAUGUGCAGAAAGAAGAAGAUUAAGUGCGAUGGCAAAUUGCCAGCUUGCACGCACUGCAUUAACUAUAAGACGGACUGUGUCUUUACGCAAGUAGAAAAGAAGAGGAACCCCCCUAAAGGAGCCAAGUACAUUGAGGGUCUCGAAAACCGCCUGGGCCGCAUGGAGCACCUGUUGAAGUUGUCAGGCUUGCUCGGUGAAGACGAUAAUGGUGCUACUGAUCUAGGGACCUUGGAAAGAAAACUGGCGGAGAAACACCAGCAAUCGAGGCAAGCUUCACAGGCUGCUUCGGACCCUGCGUCGCCUUCCCAAGUUGCGUCCGGUCACGAUGCGAGCACUGUAACUCCUGGAAGCCCGCAGCCAACGCCUGAGCCAAUUAGGGAUGGUGAAAAGGGGAGGUCUCUCACGCCCGAGAAAGAGGAAGAGCAAGAGGAGGUUGCCGAGCUGUCCGAAAUGAUGUGCUCCCUCGUUACCAAUAAUGAAGGCGAGACGCGAUAUAUUGGCUCAUCGUCCGGCUUCUCCAUCUUUUCGCCCAAGGGGAUACAAUGGGUCAAUGAGAAGAUGGGAGACAAUUCGUUUUCGCAGAUGAUAUCAGACGUUUCGAUCGAUGACCACAAGUGGACAGCCUGGAAGCCCGAUGUGUUCGGCGACCUCUUCCGUCGUAGGGUUUUCAGGGAUUUGCCCCCCAAACCUGAGGCGUUGUCGUUACUCAAGGACUACUUUGAGAACUUCAACUGCAUUUUCCCCCUCUUCCACCAGCCCACUUUCAUGCACCUGGUGGAGAGGCAGUACUCAAAUGAUCCCUAUACAGGAUCUGGAUGGUGGGCAAGCUUGAACGUAGCCUUGGCCAUCGCGCAUCGGCUCAGGAUCAUGAGCAACCUGGUCCCGCAAGAGGAAGAUGCCAAGGCUUGGGCUUACAUGAAGAAUGCCCUGGCAGUAUUUCCCGAACUGACCAUGCGGAAUACUGACCUGCUCAGCGUCCAAGCACUCAUAGGAAUGUCUCUUUACCUCCAGGGCACUCCAAACCCACAGCCAUCGUCCCUGCUCAUUGCCACGGCAAUUCGUUUGUCACACAGCAUCGGCCUCCACAAGCGCGGGACAGGAUUCAAUCUGAACCCCAUCGAGAUCGAACAACGCAAGAGGGUGUUUUGGAUUGGUUAUAUGCUGGACAAGGACCUGUGCCUCAGGUCGGGAAGACCACCAGCGCAGGAUGACGACGACAUGAAUGUGGAGCUUCCCGACGCCGACCCUGCGGACGGUAUUGGCAACAUUCCUCUAGCGGAUGGAAAGGGCAAGAUGAAUUUGUUCAGGGUCAUGUGCGAGCUGGCUAUUGUCGAAAGCAAAGUGUACAGGAAGCUAUACUCCACAAAGGCAACCAAGCAAUCCGAUGGCGAGCUGCUAAACACUAUCGGCGAGCUAGACAAGGAGCUCGAAGAUUGGAAGGAUCGAAUUCCGAUCGAUUUCCGCCCUGAGCACGAGAUUAAGGCCUCUCACACUCCCCUCAUCCUCCACAUUGUCAUGUUGCAUUUCAACUACUACAACUGUCUCUCGACAAUCCAUCGCAUGUCGAUACAUCAUGGGUACUGGACUAGCCGGCUCUCCAACUUUGCCAUCCAAGGGCUCAAUGCCAGGCCAUUGAAUCCCCGGAUCUUCUCUUCGGCAGCACUGUGCACAUCUGCCGCGAGGGCGUCGAUUUCACUGCUAAAAUACAUACCGGAAGGCGAUAACUCUUGCGUCUGGAUGGUGUUGUAUUUCCCAGUAUCGGCCCUUGUGACAUUGUUCGGAAACAUCUUGCAAAAUCCCCUUGACCCGAGAGCACGCUCAGAUACGAAGCUUAUGAACGUCGUGGUCAAUUUCCUGUCGACCCUCGGAGCCGAAGCCGAAACGGGCGGCGUCCAUCGCAUGCUCGGCGUCUGCUCCGAGUUUGAACGGAUCGCCAGGGUUGUGAUUGAGAAAGCGGAGAAGGAUCACGCAUCCCGGAGGAAGCGCAAGAACGCGGACCAAUCGUCUAGUAAAAACACAACUACUACUUCCAAACCGGCAAACGCAUCCUUCAACCCCAACGCAACCGCACCGACAUCACGACCUGCCACGGCCAAUUCCGCAACGCCGCAGCCAAGUCAUGGCACGAGCACGAAUAAUAACAGGCACCUCUCCCCUCAAGCCGCCGAUCACCGCUCACCGUCACACAACGGCUACAGCCACGGCCACACCCCCAUGGCUGGCCCCGGGUCAGGUACCAUGAGCCAGAGCCCGUCGCCCGGCAUGGCGCCCACCGGAUGGCACAACGAAUUUUCCCCGCCUGCGAGCGCGGACACGGGGGCGGGCUCGGAUUAUGGCUCGUAUGCCGAAAUGGCCGGGUUUGGCCCCAUCGGGGCUAUGAAUGCUGCGGCCGGCAUCGGCAUGACAAGUCCCCCCGUAGGCGGGGGCGGCGAGGUGCAUCUCCAGCAGCAGCGGCAGCAACAGCAGCCCGUGUUCUUCCAGCAACCAAUGCUCCCGCCGGACCUGUUCAGCCUGCCCAUGACGCUUGACUGGGACUGGGCCGAGAUGAGUGGCGGAGCGUAUCCGAGCGUGGAGAAUGGGAAUUUUGGAGGGUAG